UACUUUUACUUUCAUUUCUUCUUCUACUGUCAGCGAUGGCGUCUGCUGGUCUAAGAGAGGAGCUGGAAUGUUCUAUCUGUCUGAACCUUUAUACAGAUCCUGUAACCCUGAGAUGUGGACACAACUUCUGCCGGGUCUGUAUUGAUCAGGUCCUGAAUACACAGGACGGGUCUGGAGUUUAUUCCUGUCCUGAAUGUAGAGGAGAGUUUCAGGAUCGGCCGGCACUGCAGAAGAACAUCACUCUGUGUAAUGUGGUGGAGACUUUUCUGUCUGCUUUACUGGGACAAGAGGUGACCGGGAUCUGCUGCACUUACUGUGUGGACUCUCCUGUACCUGCUGUGAAGUCCUGUCUGAUGUGUGAGGCUUCUCUGUGUGAUAAACACCUCAAAGUUCACAGCAAGGGACCAGAACACGUCCUGACCGAGCCCAGAACUUCCCUGGAGAACAGGAAAUGCUCCAUUCAUCGAAGAAUCCUGGAAUAUUACUGUACUGAGGACAAUGCUUGUAUCUGUGUGUCCUGCUAUGUGAUUGGAGAACAUAAUGGACAUAAGAUAGAGUCACUAGAUGAGGCCUUCGAGAAGAAGAAGGAGAACCUGAGCAAGGUUCUGCAGAAACUGAUAACAAAAAGAAAGAAGACUGAGGAAAGAGUCCAGAGUCUGGUGGAGCACUGGAGAAAAGCUCAAGAAAAAGCAUCUGGAGAAGCGGAGAGAGUCACUGCCCUGUUUAGAGACAUCAGGAGACGGGUGGACAACCUGGAGAAGAGGAUCCUGAGUGAGAUCUCCAGGCAGGAGGAGAAGAUGUCACGGUCACUGUCUAAUAUCAUCCAGAAGCUGGAGAUAAAGAAGAACGAGCUGUCCAGGAAGAUGAGGGACAUUGAGGAGUUGUGUAACAUGACUGAUCCACUGACUGUCUUACAGGGUCCAGACACAGGUGACUUGUGUGAUCCUGAGGAGGGGGGAGGGGAUGAGGACAUAGGGGGACAUGAUGGAGGUGAUCGGGGUGUGAAGUGGAUCUCACACACAUUACACACAUUAUCUGAUAUAAUAAGAGAUGUAAAUGUCACCUUCUAUAUGCAGGAUCCUAUAGACCCAAUACUGGAUGUAAAUACAGCUGCUAAUAAUGUCCAUAUACCAGAUGACCUGGAAAUUGCAUCCCGAACACUAAUAAACCAGAAUCGUCCAGAAACUGCAGAAAGAUUCCAGGAGAAUCAGGUCAUGGGCAUCUGUAGUUUCAAUUCAGGGCAACAUUACUGGGAUGUGGAAAUCAGCGGAUCAGGAUUGUGGAGGGUGGGGAUGUGUUAUCCCAGUAUAGACAGGAGGGGGAAUCAGUCAGUCAUUGGCAAUAAUAAGAAGUCCUGGUGUUUGUGUGGAGGGCGGCAGGUAUAUAAUAAUCAGUGUUCAGUGAUACAUGACGGUAAAGUGAUCCUGUUACCUCACCAGAUCUCCAGUGAUAGAUUCAGGAUCUAUCUGGAUUAUGAGGCCGGGCGGCUGUCCUUUUAUGAGCUGUGUGACCCCAUCAGACACUUACACACCUUCACCACCACCUUCACCGAGCCCCUUCAUGCUGCACUAUGUGUAUAUAGAGGUUGUUUAAAGUUUGCAACUUGAAACUACAGUACGUACAGGUGAAGCAGCAGUGUAUGGUUACUAAAGGUCAACAUCUAUGGGAACGCUAAAUCUAGGGCUACAUAGAGAUUUUAUUGGUGUACUUCUGGCUGAUUUUAAAGGGGUACUCAGCCGGAAAACAUCUUAUCUCCUAUCCAAAGGAUAGGGGAUAAGAUGUCUAAUCACGGGGGGUCCUGCCGCUGGGGACCCCCACGAUUUCCGGAGCUUGGAGCUUUCGCAUUCGUGAUGUCACACCACACCCCUCCAUUCAUGUCUAUGGGAGGGGGCGUGACACCUAGUACAUAGCCGUCACACCUCCUCCCAUAAACCUGAAAGGAGGGGGUGUGGCAGCUGAAUUCACCAGUCAUCGUGCACAGAGUGGAGUUCGCCCCGUGCACCGGAUGGCUGGGGUGUUGUCGUGGGGAAGGCAGAGAUCACCAGCAGCAGGGCCUCGCAAUUAGACAUCUUAUCCCCUAUCCUUUGGAUAGGGGAUAAGAUGUUUUCCGACAGAGAACCCCUUUAACUGUUGAGUACAGCUUUGGUAUGGCUAAUUGGUGGGUGUCCUACCAGGAUCCCGAGAAUGGGGAGAAAAUUGUCCCUGGAAUGAUUAAAGCCCACUAAUUCCAUAUGGGGCUUCCAAGCAUUGCCAAGCUCCCAUAAAGAAUAAAUGGAGUGUUGACCAUGCAUGCGCAAUGCACUAUGUUCAUAGUGGGGGAUAUUUCACUUCUGUACUCAGUGGUUGGACCCCUACCAACCAGCUGAUUAUUCCAUAUCUUGUAAGAGGUUGCUUCAUGCAGUGAGAAUACCCAUUAAAAAUCAAUAAGCAAUGCAACAAAAAUCUCAUUGUAGCCGUGGACUAAAGUAGAACAAACACAUGGGUAUCAAAAUUCAUUGUGUGAACAAAAUGUUUUUUGUUUUUUUUUGUAAAUUAUAUUCAUUCUAAUAAAAUACUAUAGUAAAAUACGCCUAAGGCCAGAACACCCUCUUAAAAGUGGGGUACGUUUAUUAAUGAUUGAUUGAUGGAAUAUAUUGUUAAACUUAUAAUUGUGGUGAAAAAAAAAACUGGUGAUUUAAAAACAGAAAUAAAA